GAAAACAUAAAUAAGAGAGAAAGAGGAAGAACUUGGCAGAAAAUUCGGAUGACACACCAGUCUUGUCAGGUUAUCUUCUUUAUAGGGGAGAGAUUAACUGUAGCUUUGCAAAUUCUCAGAGAUAAUUCAUCUUAGAAGAAGAAGAGUUGGACUGUCUAACGACUUCUCUUCUCACAACUUCACUUCUCAAAGCUUAGAACAACAAGAAGAAGAAUGGCAAUUGGGUCCGUCGUUUCCAGUCGCAAUUUCGGUUCAUUUCUUGGGUCAGGGAAUGUAUGGCAAAGAGAAAAGAUUGUUGUAAGUAGCCAAAGGGAGCAAUCUGGUUUGGCCCCUCUUCAAUGUGUUUAUAGAAAGGUAACAUACAAAAGUUUGUGGCUUCUGAGGGAGAGCCUUUCAUCACCUAGAUACUCUUGUUGUUCAUCACUUCAUGUAUCCGGACGUUUUUAUAGUAGAUCGGAAAGAUUGGGCAUGUGUGCCCUUUCUAUGUCCAAGGAAUUUAGUGAGAAGGUUUCAACCGUCAAACAUGGGAAAUCCACUAAAGACUUGUCUAAAUGCUGCCUUUCAUCGGCUUCUUCUAGCUGCAACUGGAAUGAAACAAGCAGGCUGUAUAAGCUAGGGAUACAUGAUGGCCGAUGCCUGCCAUCAAAGCAGGCUAAGGUUAAUAUGAUCCGUGCUGACUAUAGAUCUGAAGAUUAUGGUGUACUUGGGGGGAAUAUGGAACCACUUAUGGCUGCAGAAGGGCCGAAUGAUGUAGUCUCCAUCCAUAGAGAAAAAUCUUCGUCGGAGCAAUUUCCAAAACGGUGGGUGAUAGUAUUGCUCUGUUUCGCUGCAUUCUUGUUAUGCAACAUGGACAGGGUAAAUAUGAGUAUUGCCAUUCUUCCAAUGUCGCAAGAAUUUAAGUGGAAUAGUGCAACAGUAGGUCUCAUCCAAUCAUCAUUUUUCUGGGGGUAUUUGCUUACUCAGAUUCUUGGAGGUAUUUGGGCAGAUAAAUUUGGUGGGAAAGUAGUAUUGGGUUUUGGAGUGGUCUGGUGGUCAAUUGCUACAAUCUUUACCCCCAUUGCUGCCCGAUUAGGGCUUCCUUUCUUGCUUGUCACACGUGCCUUCAUGGGGAUUGGUGAGGGGGUAGCAAUGCCGGCCAUGAAUAAUAUGUUAUCCAAGUGGAUUCCAGUUUCAGAGAGAAGCAGAUCACUUGCAUUUGUAUACAGUGGCAUGUAUCUUGGAUCUGUUACAGGAUUGGCUUUCUCUCCCAUUUUAAUCAACAAAUGCGGAUGGCCAUCCGUGUUUUAUGCAUUUGGCUCUCUUGGAAGUAUAUGGUUUGCAUUAUGGAAGAUGAAGGCUUAUAGCUCACCUAAAGAAGAUCCAGAUCUUAGUCCGGAGGAAGAAGAGCUUAUUGUAGGAGGUGGCACGCAGAAGGAGCCUGUCACUGUUAUACCUUGGAAGCUUAUUUUAUCCAAAGCACCUGUCUGGGCUCUAAUUAUUUCUCAUUUCUGCCAUAACUGGGGGACGUUUAUUCUCCUAACAUGGAUGCCAACAUACUACAACCAGGUUUUGAAGUUCAACCUGACUGAGUCUGGACUACUUUGUGUAUUGCCAUGGCUGACCAUGGCAGUUUUUGCAAACAUAGGUGGCUGGAUAGCGGACACACUUAUCAGUAAAGGUGUCUCAAUUACCACAGUUCGUAAGAUAAUGCAAUCAAUAGGUUUUCUGGGUCCUGCAUUCUUCCUCACACAGCUUAGCCAUGUGCGGACACCUGCUUUAGCCGUUCUAUGCAUGGCAUGUAGUCAGGGAUCAGAUGCAUUCUCACAAUCAGGACUCUAUUCCAAUCACCAAGAUAUUGGACCUCGUUAUGCUGGGGUUCUAUUGGGAUUAUCAAACACUGCUGGAGUGCUUGCUGGUGUGCUAGGUACAGCUGCAACAGGAUACAUUCUCCAGAAAGGUACCUGGGACGAUGUUUUUAAGGUUUCCGUUGCACUUUAUGUAAUUGGCACGUUAGUUUGGAAUUUGUUUGCCACGGGUGAAAAGAUCCUCGAUUAAAGGAGGGGUUAUCAUUAUUUCAAGACAAGAUAAUAUAACUAAUGCCAUAUUGAAUGGGAGUGUCAGUUAUUGAACACAUACCCAAGGUAAGCUUCAAAUUUUUUUAGGUCUCGGUCACAUUUAGGAGGCCAUUGAAGAAGCUCGAUCUUCUUGUUGAGACAAAUGAUGUGUUAGCCCGAGGCCCAUUGGAUCCGGUUCAUCUCAGAAACAUAUGAUAAUUGUAAGGUUUUAACUUCCACAGUAACGAAUAAUAUUUUGACCUUUACAAUGCUAGCAAGCUAAGUAAUGGUGUUUAUCAUAAACAAAAUAUAUCGGAAUCAUUAUACUGUCAAAUUUCCUCGGGACUGAACUCUGAACCAUAAUCUUUGGGAAGAACCGAGUGGAUUGAUUUUCA